UUACACACACACACACACACACACACGUACAUUAACCAUUUGUGGAGUGUGUACGAAGUGUCAGACAGGAGAUGGCGGUUCUGGUCGGUACGCCCUCGGUCACUCUGAUCUGCGUCAGCGUCUUCGUCGCCGUGCUCACGUACAUCACCUACAAGCUGCUCAGCGGUUACCUGUACAAAUGGUUCACGCUGAAGAAAGUCCCAGGGAUGGAGGGUACUUAUCCCUUCGUUGGAAACGCGCUGAGUCUGAAAACCAGUUCAGGAGCUUUCUUCCGUCAAAUUGAAGAACUCUGUCAGAAGUUCUAUGGUGAACCGCUUUUCAAGAUGUGGAUUGGACCUGUGCCAUUUGUGAUUCUGUGUCACUCUGAAACCGUUGAGGUGAUUCUGAACAACUCCGUUCACAUGGACAAAGCGAUGGUCUACAAUUUCCUUCACCCUUGGCUUGGAACUGGUCUCCUUACCAGCACCGGGGAGAAAUGGCGUCAGCGGAGGAAAAUGUUGACACCCACCUUUCACUUCUCCAUCCUGACGGACUUUUUGGAGGUGAUGAAUGAGCAGACGGCCGUCCUAUUGGAGAAGCUGGACAAGAAGGCAGGGACAGGGCCGUACAACUGCUUCAGUGAUGUCACUCUCUGCGCUUUGGACAUCAUCUGUGAAACUGCCAUGGGAAAGUCAAUCAACGCCCAGAAGGACUCUCAUUCAAAAUAUGUUGAAUGUGUGUACAGAAUGAGUGACAUUGUCACCCAAAGACAGAGAAAGCCCUGGUUCUGGCCUGACACUCUCUACCAUCUUUUUGGUGAUGGUCGAAUUCAUGACGAGACCUUAAAGGUUCUUCAUGACUUCACAUUCAAGGUGAUCCGUGAAAGAGAAGAAGAAAUAUCCUCCAUGGAAUCCAGUGAAGACACAAACCAGGAGGGCAAGAAGAGACAGGCGUUGUUGGACAUGCUCCUGAAGACGAAGGACGAACAUGGAAAUAAGAUGAGCCAUAAGGACAUUCAAGAGGAAGUGGACACCUUCAUGUUCGAGGGUCAUGACACAACAGCUGCAGCCAUGAACUGGGCUCUUCAUCUGCUGGGCUCUCGCCCUGAGGAACUCCGCAAAGUUCAGGAGGAACUGCAGGAAGUGUUCGGUUCAUCGGACCGCCCCGUAAACACGGACGACCUGAAGAAACUGAAGUACCUGGAGUGUGUGAUCAAGGAGGCUCUGCGCCUCUUCCCCUCCGUGCCUUUCUUCGCACGCACCAUCUGCGAGGACUGUCAUAUCAAGGGUUUUAAGAUUCCCAAAGGCGCCAAUGCCAUCAUUGUCACAUAUGCGCUUCACCGAGACCCACGAUAUUUCCCUGAGCCUGAGGAGUUCCGGCCUGAACGGUUCUUACCGGAGAAUUCCGUAGGCAGGCCUCCCUACGCCUACAUCCCCUUCUCUGCUGGACUCCGCAACUGCAUUGGUCAGCGGUUUGCCCUGAUGGAAGAAAAAGUGGUUCUAUCCUCCAUUCUGCGGAAGUUUACCAUCCAGUCGCUGCAGACGCGAGAGGAGCUGCAACCCAUAGGAGAGCUCAUCCUCAGACCAGAGAAAGGCAUCUUGAUCAAACUGGAGAGGAGGGAGACUUCCUGAAAGCAACUCCCGCGCACAGAUGUCUAACCCCUGAGAUGAGAUGUUCUUUAAAGGUCUUCAUUUUACUCAGUUUCACCUUUCUUUUUGAAGGUGAUUUUGUUUUUUUUUUACUUUUUAUGGCUAAGCAGGGUUUUCUUCUUUUUGAAAGUGGGCACACCUUAACCCAAAACCAAACUUUUUUUACGGCUUGCGUUACUAUGAAAGUAAAAAAUAUGAUAUGUACUAGUGAGCAUAAACUGGGUUAGUUGGUCAGCUUCAUUAAAUAUUGCAGUCUGUCCUUACCAAAAAUCCAAAAACCCAGUUUUUCCGGAAAAACAGCACCCUCCUGUGUUGAACAUUAGAACUGUACACCUUUACAUUUGGGUCCAUCUCUAAAAAACAAAACAAAAACAAACAUAAACUUCAAGGUCUCCAAUUUGACAAAACCUUAAGUGGAUUAAAAAAAUAAAUUGUCGUUUUUUUAUAUAAAAAGUUUAGUUUAUUUAGUUAUCAGACAGUCUAGAAGAAAAGUUUUGAAAAGGAAGAUGCAGACCGGAAGUAUAGGUUAAACGCUCUGUGAUUGGUUUGAUGUGGGACUUUGAAAGUUAGCUGGUAAUUUGGUUUGUAGAGCAGAUAAUCUCAUUACGAAGUAAUAAUUAUAAACUUUCUGAGAAAAGGUGCCCAUACGUUGCGAAAACGCCCCCGGUGGUCAUGUUUGAUCACUGCAUAAAAUGAUCGACGGCAGAACACUUCAGAAAAAAAAGGGAAACUUCACACUUUAAUUUUGUAAUUUUAUACUUUCAUAAACAAUGUUCUCAGCACUUCAUAUAUUUUUUUAAUUUUACAUAUUCAUGUAUGUGGAUGCAUCAUCAAACUUAACACGUAGCCUUAUUAACCUGUACUCCCCUAUGGCUGUAGUAUUCUUUCACUGACAAUGCAGUUGUAUGACUAUAUGUACACAGGCACAGAAUAAACCUUCGUACUCGGUGUAAGUACACAAAA